AUGUUCACCAAACAAACUCUUCUCGCCUUUGUCGGGGCCCUGGCCCUGGCCGCGGCCAAGACUACCACUGAGAAGAACCCAACCCAGGCUGAGAUUGAUGCAGCCCGUGCUACGGCCCUGCCUUACUCUCCUGUGUCAAACGUAAAAGGGUUGGCUUUUGAUCGCUUCGUGAAUAUCUGGCUCGAGAACACAGACUUUGAAACCGCUGCUGCGGACGAGAACCUGUCCAAGUUGGCCAAGGAGGGUAUCCUCCUAACCAACUACUAUGCAGUCACCCACCCCUCGGAACCCAACUACUCAAAUGUCUCGACUAUUGCCGAUUUGUUUGACACCAAGCACAUUGCUUGGGGUGAGUACCAAGAGGACAUGCCCCAUGCCGGCUACCAGGGCAUGCGGUACCCCCUCAGCGGUCCCAACCAGUAUGUGCGCAAGCACAACCCGCUAGUUCUGUACGACUCGGUCACCAACGACGCCGUGCGCCCACGUCAAAUCAAGAAUUUCACCACUUUCUACGAGGACCUGGCACACCACAGCCUUCCCCAACACCUGUUCAUCACACCAAACAUGACCAACGAUGCCCACGAUACCGAUAUCACGGUGGCCGGCGAUUGGGUCGCUCGUUUCCUGCCCCCCCUGCUGAAGAACAAGCACUUCAAUAAGGACAGCUUGGUGCUGGUCACCUUUGACGAGGGUGGCAACUACUCCUACCCUAACCGGGUCUUCAGCUUCCUGGUUGGUGAUGCCAUCCCCAAGCACCUGAAGGGCACCACCGACGACACUUUCCUUACCCACUACUCAAUCAUCGCCUCCCUGUCCGCUAACUGGGGUCUGCCCUCGCUUGGUCGUUGGGAUUGUGGCGCCAACUUGCUCAAGUUGGUCGCUGAGAAGACCGGCUAUGUCAACUGGAAAGUUGAUACCAGCAAUGCCUACCUCAACCAGACUUACCCCGGCCCUCUCUCUACCAAGAACUAUUCUUCCAAGUGGGCCAUUCCUGCCACCAAGGGCAGUUGCUCUGCUGGUCAUGGUAUUGCUGAUGUGGUGAAGAAGACCUACCACGGUCUUCACCCUACCUACGACUACGCCAGCCCUGUGCCGUAUGACGCGACCACUGGAAACAAUGUCGGCAUCAAGUACCACCGUACUCUGAAGCACGGUAAGGAGGAGUCAGGUAUCACCGGGUAA